GAUGUUCCUUAUAAACCACAGGAAUAUUAUGUUGAGACACGCAAAUGUGAGCCGGAUGCUGGUGAGGAUGUUGUGAAGAUAUGUGAGAGGCAAAGAGCUUUGAUGUUCUUUGCCGUAUUUGGGUUUGACUGGGUUAUGCUGGGCUUUCUGAAGUCAAUAAUCAUAACCAGUUCUUAUCCACUUAGGUUCCAUGUGUUUGGUAUUGGACAACUCUCCGUUGGAUUUAGUGUUCAAAUUGAAGUGAAGACAAAGUCAACAUUGUCGAUUGUGGUUGUGGGUCCUGAGAAUAGAACUGCAACAUCCAGUGAUAAUUUUCUUCGGGUGAAUCUUAUUGGAGAUUACGUUGGGUACACAAACAUUCCAUCAUUUGAUAAUUACUACCUUGUUAUUCCGAGGCAGAAGGGCAAAUUGGCUGUGGUUGAGGCUGGUGGCACAGGUCAACCACAAAAUUUGGGGAGCAAUUUUUCUAUGUGGAUGCUGCUUGAAAGAGUCAGGUUCACCUUAGAUGGCCUUGAAUGUAACAAAAUUGGUGUCAGUUAUGAGGCCUUCAAUGGACAGCCAGACUUUUGCUCUGCACCAUUUUGGAGUUGCUUGCAUAACCAGCUGUGGAAUUUCUGGGAUGUUAGUACUUCCAACAGAAAUUUAUAA